AUGAAACGAUUCCAGUCCAAGCCCCCUGCGAGCCCAACCCCCGCCCCCGACGGCUUCGACUACCUGUUCGUCUCGCCGUCCACGCUCAUAGUCGGGGGCGACACUGUGUGUCAAAAGAACCAGAGCGUGUACUUGUGUCACGGCAAGACCCUGGUCCCACUGACCAUCCAGAAGGCGCUCUGUGCCCGAAGCACCACACACGCGCUCCACAUCACCGACCCCCUCGAGGUAUGCAUUCGGAACUCGCACACCGCGCACUGUGUGACGGGGACGUACACCUACCCCGACAUCGUCACAGUACCGUGGACCGCGGCGCGCGACCUCGAGGCCUCCGGCGGCGGCCGCAGCUCGCUCAUGGUCACCCUGCAGACCACCACCGCGCCGCGCCCAAUUAUCCUGAAGGUUCUCAAGAGCACAAAGAUCGGCCCCAGCACGGUCAUGUACACAGUCGACCCCGUGGUCAUGAGGCAGAACACCAGGAGCCGCCCGGAGUGGAUGGAUGCGGACGGCACGUACACGGAGCUGGACGCGUUCAGGUCCCCGGGGACCUCUCCAUAUGCAUCUGUACAUACAGGGACGCCACCGCGCUCCCCAAGGGUGCUGCGGGCCAAGGACAUUGGUCUUGAACGUCCAGCGCCGCAGCGCGCAGCGCCGAAACUCCGCCAGCCACAGCCGCCGAUUGUCGACUCGUAUACGUACACGGAUCUCGCUCCGGCUACAUGA